ACCGCCGAAGGGACAACAACAAACAAAGAGAAAAAAACAAAACUUCCAGCAAUUUGUCAACUAUUUUCUCUAUUUUUUUUAAAGUGUGAAACUAUCAUAACGAGCGCCGAGUUUUAAGUUAAGUGAAAGGAUUUUUUAGUGUCCUUCGUGCGGUAAAAAUAAUAAUUCAUAUACCCAGGAAAAUAAAGUUCAAGACGUCUGCGGAACUCUUAUUAAAUGUAUUUGAUACUCAAAAAGCUGUCGGAAGAUAAAGAAGAAGCAGAAGAGCAGCCAAUUUAAAGACGACUCUUCUCGCUUUAUUUUCGCUUUUGCAGUUGCAGUUAUUUGGCCAAAUCAACUUGAAACAAAACGCCCAAAUCAUAAGCAACAGAAAGCUAGAACCACCGAACAAUCAACAUCUAAAGCGGCAAAAAAAAACUCACCAACUUCGAAGCAACAAAACAAACCACAAUCAGCAACCACUUUUAACAAACAAUUUUGUAAACAAUAUUUGAAAUCAAAACCACUUUCAAGAACUUUUAACAAUCAUUUAAUUAAAAACAAAUACGAAAGAUUCAACCAAAAUUUAUACAAAAAAUAAGAACUGAACCAAUUCUCAACACCAAUUCAACAACUAUUUCAACAAUAACUGUAAACGUGUCGCAACUUAAAGCUCCUCCCGCUAUCCUGCUCUCUCGCGUGUACUCGUCGCCAUCGUCCCUUUCCGUUGUGGUGUAAAAAUUUUGGGGUUUUUUCUCCAAAAUAUAUAUAUUUAUUGUUUUACGCGUUCGUCCUUGUCCCGUGCGUGAGUGCUCGUGUGCGUCUGUGUGUGCGAGAAGAGGAGUGCGGUAGUUUGUGUAUGCUAUGUCAGGGAUCGGGGGCAUUAGGGCGCUCCUCCAGGCGGCUCAAUUCCUCGAGCAGCAUGAGAAGCUCCCGCAGGCGGGAGGCGGCGGCGGUAGCGCCCUGGGCGUGGGCGUGGCACUGCCCCAACAGCAGCAGCAGUCGGUGCACUGCAAGAGCCACUCCAUUAUCAACAACAACAAUAGCAGCCAGCACAAUAGAAAUAGCAGCAGUAGCAGUAACGGGAUUAUUGCAACGCCACCGUUCACGAACGGAAAUGGCAACGGUACCGUCGGCGUCGGUAACGCGAGCGCCAACUCCAACGUUACCGUCAAUGCGAACGGGAACGGUCUGAGCAACGGUCACAGCAGUCCGCGCAGUCAAUUAGCCGCCGCAGCCGCUGCCCACGAUUACGAGUAUAGCGCCGCCGGAGUUGCCAAUGGACACAGCGAAGGUCGCCCUCACGUCUCGGAGGACGAUAAUCCCUCAAUCGACAACAACAAUACCCAUCCCCCACAACAACAACAACAACAACAACAGCACAGUGCUGCGGGGAGAACGACAACAACAAGUAUAGCGACAACACCAGCAAUAUUAACAAAGUUGAUGGGAAAUUCAGUCACACCCGCCUCAAGCACCACCUCCCUCCCCACAAGCACCCCCUCAGUUACCACUUCCCCGCCCGCCUCCACAGACUUUAUGCUGCUGGCAGCGGCAGCGACGAGUGCAACGAGUGCAACACCCGCAACAGCGACAUCUGCUGCUGCAUCAGCAGCAUCCAAUCCUGCCAAGCACAAACUGGGCCCCAUCGCCGAAAUACCGCCCAAAUUUGUAGUGGUAUCAGAUGCGAAAGGAGUCUAUCCCGCACCCACGCAUCCCAAUGGCUUCGCCGCCGAUUCCCUGGGCGUGGAUUACAACGAAGCGAUGAUCAAAAAGCUAAUGCAGAAUUUACAAAGGCAACGCCAGCAGCAAUCGCUGCAGCAAUUGCGUAGCUUGCGACCAGCGGAAAUUUCCCUUACACCGCCGCCAGCAGCCACAAGAAAAGUGGACACCAGCAACUCACGGACACGCUCUUACUCAAUGUCCAAUGUUUCAGCAGCCAGGGAUCAGCAGGACCAUCCGCAGCAUCAGCAACAUGCCAACCAUAUUCAGACCCAGCAGCAAUACGGCUAUAUGAGGAGUGCCAUUGGCGGCGUGGUCUAUGGCUUGCACAAGGACUCCGUCGACUCUGCGGCAUCCUCGGCAGUUGGAGCGGUGGGCAUGAGCAUUGCCUCCUCGGCGCCAGCGGCGGGAUCUCAGCUAUCGGCGCAUCAUCACACGGGACACGGAGGCCGCAGGCGCACCACCAGUUCCAAUAGUAAUGGAGCGGGCACCCGGGAGGUGCACAACAAGCUGGAAAAGGAGCGACGCGCCCAGCUAAAGGAGUGCUAUGACCUGCUCAAAAAGGUGCUGCCCAUGGGGGACGAGGACCGAAAGAAAACAUCCAACUUGACAAUACUUGACACGGCCCACAAAUAUGUCAAGGACUUGAUUCAGUAUGGUUGCGAGCAGGAGGCGACGGUAGAGAAACUGGCUAAGCAGAAGAUUGAGCUGCAAAAGCGGCUAAAGCAACUGAGCUUAAGGAGGGAAUCGCCGCCCACCGAUCAGCAAAGCAUUCCACAGGCCGACAAAGCAGUUUGUCUGGCAACAACAGCCACACCAGCACCACCAACGGCGGCCAGUGGUCACAAUGGAACCACAAUUCUAUUCGAUGCAGGCAACGCCUGUGCCACUGGGCAGCAGCUAACAACUGUGAUAAACAAAACUAAUGCCACACCGGGAGGAGCAACCGCAGCAGCCAGCAGCAAACUCAAUGGCAACCACACAGGAGGUGCAACAACCACACUGACUCCGGCCAUGGGCAUCAUGACAAUUAAAAGCGGCAAUGGCAGCAACGGCAACAUACUGGCAAUCUCACCAACGGCCAGCCAAAAUCACCAGUUGCACCAGCACCACAACGGCAGCCCAGCGGGCAGUCCAUCGGGAAUAGGAGCCACAACUGGGGCCACCAUCACACCUGGCUCGCCAACGCCAUCGACUCCAUCGCCGUCGCCCAGCUCCUCGUCCAGUGGCGUCUCGUCGUCGGCCUCGUUUAUAGGCGGCUCCUCAUCAUCGUCCUCGUCAUCCUCAUCGUCCUCCUCAUCAUCAUCUUCCAGUUCGUCGUCCAGUUCUUCGUCGCCCACGCAACAACAGCAGAUUAUCACGCCCACGGCCACAGCCCAUUUAGUGGGUGCCCGUAGUGUUGGCCUAAAAUUCCAUGGCGGUGCGGGCGGAGCUGCCAACGCUUUGAAUGGCGGUGCCACCAUUGUGGCCGCUGCUGUGCCAUCUGGCGGAGGUUCAGUGACUGGGUUCCAUCAGGCCGAUAAGGAUCGCAAGUACAAUUUCCUGUUGCUCAGUGCUGGGACAACGGCACAGUAACCCAACAACCAUAAGCAGACAACAAACAACUACAACAAUAACGAAAACAACAACAACAACAACUGAAUUGUGUGCAACAGCUCCCACCUUAUGAGAAAGUAACAACUAGAAGAAGGUUCUCUGAAAACUCUUUUUUUAAAGCCAGAUGAAAACAAGCGUAUUUUCCACACUUUCGCACACAUUGAAAAUAUGAAUACAAAAACGGCAGCAAACAACAAAAGCAAGUCAUUAAAGCUGCAAUUUUGUAAAAAAAAAAACAAAAAAAAAAAAUAAUAGAUAAAAACAAAAGCUAUCAAACAGUUCCGCCCAACACUUAGCAUCGAUUUUGAAAAUCAACAAAAUGAAGAGAAAAAUUAUUUUUUAAUGAAUAAUUUUAAAGCAACAACAAAAACGCGAGAGAAAACGCUAGCAACACCAACAAUAAACCAACAACAACAAGAGAAGACCAAUUAAGUGAAUAUAAAACAGCAACGACACCGGCACUCAACCACAACACCAACAACAACAGCUUAAAAUUCCUCGACAACCCACAACACACCGGCCCAUCAACUGCAUAUAUACUAUAUAACUAUAUAUCUAAUUAUACUACUUUAUAGUAAAAACCAAGAAAAGAAGAGAAAACACACCAAGAAUAGCACAGUUAAAUGUAAAACAGGAAAAAACAAAACCAAAUGCGCUGUUGAAACAGAAACCACCAAUGGGUAACGCUUUAUAAAUAUAUAUAUCUCUAAAUAUAUAUAUAUAUACAUACCUAAAAAUAAGAAGAAGAAGAUUAUAAAUUAGAAAUAUGUAAAAGCAGGAUUUCCAAAAUUCAUGUGGCAAAGAAAAAAAUGAUAAAACGAAAUCAGAUAGAAGUCUACUUUCUUGACCAAAACUGAAAACACAAACAGAAAUAAUUUCUCUUGGAUAUACUUUCUUCUUCUUUUAAAAGCGAAAAAUUAAACAACAAAAGUACAGAAACAAAGCAUAAAUCAAAUCAAUAGAAAUAGAUCAUCAUAUAGCUUGUAUGUCAAAUAUGUGAAUGUUUGCAAGCCACAUAUUAACCAAUAGCAUGUUAAAUUAAAACAAAAACGCUGGCGACGGAGUGUUGUAUCUGUGUAAUACCCAUUUGAAUUAGAUAUUAAUGUAGCAAUCAAAGAAAACAUCGUAGAACAAGUGUAAUAGUAAUAGUGCAAUAAGCUAACAUAAGCCACACCCACACUAACUUGUUCCCAUUUUACCCAUUUUAUUUUUUAUUUCUAGAAAAACUUUGUUCUUUGAUCUUGUUCUGAAAAGACACGCAUAUAAGACAUUAUCAUAUAAUAUGUUGUGAUUGCGUAAAACCACAGCGUUCUCUUGCAAUUUAAAUUUUUGCCUUAAUUGAAACGGAAUCAAAGUAACAACAGAACAGCUAAUUCCCCGAAAUUAACAUACCCACAACCAAGAAAAGCUUAAAAAUAUUUAUAUACAAGGAAUGAUAAAGAAAGAACGAAAAUAGUUUAGAAAUAGACAACACAAUUAUCACGAUAAGGAAAAGAAAUCUAGCAAAAAGCAGUAACACAAAACUGAAUGUUAUAUUUUGGAGCAUUUUUUUCAAUGUGUAUGUCUUAGCAUAUAUAUUACACAUAUAUAUUAUACCUAGGAAAGUAAAAGUGGAUUGAUAAAAGUAUUAGCAAAAGAUAUUUCGUGAACAAUAACGAAGGGCAGAUGGAGACGGAAAGAGUAGGCUGUCUCUUUCUACUCCCCUAUAUAUUUGCAAGUUUUUUACGUCGAGCAUGAAUAUAAAACUGUAUAUCAUCUAACUAUAUAUUUGUAUACGCGAACUAAAGUGCGCAGGUUAUGUAUCGUGAAAUUUUCCAUAUUUUUUGUAAAUACUUAAAAAAGAACAAGCCUUACGUUUUUCUGUCAUCACGGGGGACUUAUAGUUUUUUUUAAGAACGAUUUUUUCCACCAAAGGGACAGCAAAUAAAAAGUUAUUUUCACACAAGGAUGUUUUCUAUAAAGGAAGAGGAGCAAAUAAAUAAUCUUACAAAAUCGAAAUCUAUUGUCUAGAAAUAUAUAUAUGUGUGUGGAUCGUAUGUGUAAAUGUGUUUGAAUGUAAAAUGCUUUAGUCACAUAAGUUGAAAGAGAAAAUUGAAAUAACUAUAUAGAAUUACAUGCCUGUGUGUGUCACUCGAUUUCUGUUACUAAUCAUAAAAGAAAAUGUAAAAAUAUAAUAAUACAAACACAAAAAUUUGAAUUUUAAAACUAGCUUUUAUGUUAUCUAAUUUAUGUUUUUUUUCGUUGUAUUAACUAAAAACCACUGAAAAUGCGUUUUCUGAUUUUUUUUAAAUUAUCCUUUGUAAGUAGGCAAGUAACAAAUGCAUAAUAUUUUUUUGUGUAAUUUUUACUAAACAAAAAUCAAGCAUGGAAACAGCAAACAACAAAACGAUUUCAUUUUAGAUAUUUAAGCAUAACUUAACUAAUUAUUAAUGAUUAAACAAAUUUUUUCUUUAAGUUAAAAUCAAAUCGGGAGUAUUGCAAAUCAUAAUUAUCAUUAAUCCUUACACACAACAAAAAAACCACACAAAAAAUUAACAAAAAAACUAUAUUUAUAGAGACAGCAACAAAAACAAGAAAUGAUUAUAACAAAAACCGUAAAACAAUUUCAAGCAAAAAGAAAUCAAGAGAAAUUCUUUUUAGCUGUAAAUGUAACUUGUAAAAUUAAUUUUAAACGAAAUGCAUACAAAAAUAAACAAACAA